GUACGGAAAUACCUUUCUUUCAUCAUCGUCGAAGUAUAGCGUUCAUUUUUAUUCUAUUUUGCAUUAUGUACGCGCUAUUCUUGUGAAGCGGUGGUCGGAAUCCUUAGCAUAUAUUUUAACAAUGAUUUCGGACCGUUUCUAAAUUCGAAACAAAAUCGUGACAAUAGUGUGAUAAGUAGUGAAAUUAGUGAUCAAAAUGAGUGCCAACAAGGAAUUUGGAACGAAGAUUCCUGAAGAUGAGAAUACGGACUCUGGUUUUUUGUCUGGAGAACAGCUGUUCUCUGGUGAAUUAGACAGUGGUGCUGUGGAUUGUGAGGAUGAUAAAAAAGUGGAAAGUGCUAGUGCAGACACAAACCUUGACAGUGGAGUGGUGUGUUUAACGGAAAGUUUAAUUAAUUUGGAUUUAGAAGAGACACCCACGGCACUACCAUCACAUGUAGACGUAAAAGACAUUACCUCGUUACUAUAUUUCAAACAGGAUGACGACGGAGACUCAACACUACACGUCGCCGCAGUUCAUGGUUGCGAAAAAUCAGUUAGCACACUCAUCAAACUAUGCCCAGAGAAGUCAUGGCUUGACCUAACAAAUGACUAUGGACACACGGCGUUGCAUCUAGCUGUUAUGAGUGGGUACCCCGUCGUCACGAGGAUGCUAGUGCUGGCAGGAGCCUCGUUAGGAGCGAGGGACCGGGGCGGCCAGACUCCCCUACACAUAGCCACCGAAACGGGCCAGUUGGAGUGCCUCAAAGCCCUCCUACAACCAGUGAAAGAACACCCAUCAAGAAAAAUGUCGACAAUAUUAAAUCAAAAAAAUUAUAAUGGUCAGACAUGCGUGCACGUUGCAGCUAAGCUGGGACAAGUGAAGACUCUACAGACACUAGUCUAUUACGGCGCAGACAUCAAUGUUAGAGAGGGACUGGCAGGAUGGACGCCGCUGCAUAUAGCGGCGCGGCGAGGGGAUGCACGGAUGGCGCAGUACUUACUGGAGCAGUGCGCGGGAGUGGCGCGGAGUGCGCGCGACUUCGCGGGCCGCACCCCCCGCCGGCUCGCGCGCCGCACCCCCGCGGCCAGGGUGUUCACGCACCCCUCAGACGACUCCGACUCGGACACGGAUGACGAUGAUGAUAUGUAUGACAGCGACAACGAGAGUCUUUUCGACAGGCUACGGGAUAGCUUCAACCCCAUCAACGUUGCCUGAUCAACUCUACAAAAGGACACCCACAGUAGACCAUAGACUGUGAACCAUCGACUAGAAGCACCCGUCGACACAGUCGAUCCCGUUCCGUCACCUCAUCCUUAGGAUUAUUGUCUACAGCCAAUACGGAACCGUAAUUAUAGUUGUGUGUAUAGUAAAUCAACUAGUGAACUAAAUUGGGUUGAAUGGAUUAGUUUUUUUUUUUUUGUAAUAUACACGUAUAGUGUGACUGGUUGUACUGAAAUGCGAGUGAUAGGUUGAUGAAUAUGGUCUUAUUGUGUUCCCUUUGAUAAGAUCGACAAGUUUAGUAUAUCGUAUACAACGUCAAUCAGAAAGAGUAUGCAGCCAUGAAUGAAACCUAGUAUU